AUGGCCCAGGAGCGUCCCAGCCUCGCCCUGGAGCCCCAGCACGUCCAGCGGUUGCUGCUGUCCUGCCAAGAGGCCAAGAAGUCCGCCUACUGCCCCUACAGCCGCUUCCCCGUGGGAGCUGCUCUCCUCACCGGGGACGGCAGGAUCUUCUCCGGGUGCAACAUAGAAAAUGCCUGCUACCCGCUGAGCGUCUGUGCUGAACGAACUGCCAUCCAGAAGGCCAUCUCGGAAGGGUACAAAGAGUUCAGGGCAAUCGCUAUUGCCAGUGACUUGCAAGAUGAUUUUAUCUCACCCUGCGGGGCUUGCAGACAGGUCAUGAGAGAGUUUGGCACCGACUGGGCUGUCUACAUGACCAAGCUGGACGGCACGUACGUUGUCAGGACAGUCCGGGAGCUGCUGCCUGAAUCUUUUGGGCCCGAAGACCUGCAGAAGAUCCAGUGA